AUAGCAGAAAACAGAAGGAAGACAUAGUACUACUACUACAAAGUCUCUAGAAGAAGCGAAAAAAAAGAAAGUUAAUGCGUAGAACAAACAACGAUAAGGAAAAUAUGGCGUAAAAAAUGGGUAUUGAGGUAACAAUAACAUGCAUGGAUUAAAAGCAACAAAGCUCUAGAAGAAGAAGAAGAAGAAGAAGAAGUCUAGCAUGGCAGGAGUGUUUCUUUUUUUCUUUUUUGAUCUUUCAGAAAGUGUAUCAUCCAAAAUUUGAGUUGGUUUUCCUGUUGAAAUUUGUGUAUAUUUAAGUUUUUCUUUGUUAGUAAUCAAACGAGCCCUUCACUUGGUUUGGAGACUCCCCCCCUCUUAUUGUAUAACCAGUGGCUGGUGGUUUAUUGAAUAUUGGGAACUGGAGAGUUUUGCGUACUAGGAGGGUAAUUUUGUUUUUGAUUUGUGUAGAUGAAGGGCAUGCCCCUAUCCUUUGAGGAGUUUCAAGGGAAGGGGGCGUUAGAUUUUUUUUCUUCUACUUGUUCAGAUUCAUCACUGUUGCUCCAAAACCAGCAUCAUCAAGGCAAGUGGCAGAACAACAAGGGAGGUUGCUGCUAUGCGGGCAGUGAGCCCACAUCUAUUAGUACUAGAAGAAGCCCAAGUCCUCCUACAUCUUCCUCAACACUGUCUUCCUCUCUCGGUGGAAACGGCCGCGGAGGCAGCGGUGCCUCCACGGACACAACCGGCGUGGCGGCAAACAAGACUGUCACCGGCAACAACAACAACAACAACAAUAGCCAAUCCUUGGAUAUUGGAACGGAAAAAUGUGGUUUAGGAAUGGAGGAUUGGGAGAGUGUUACGCCCGGGUCUCCUAGUCAAGAGCAGUCCAUUUUGAGGCUAAUUAUGGGUGAUGUAGAUGACCCUUCUUCUAUGGGAUUAAACAAAAUUCUUCAGUCAGGUGGUGGGUCGCAUGAUAUGGAGUUCAAUGCUGGUUUCGGUAUAGUGGAUCAAGGUUUCACCUUUGAGUCCAUUACUAGUGGUGGCAACUUUGUUAGCAACAUUGACCCUCAUAUAGCUGGAAGUUGCUCUGAUUUUCCCGGCUUCGGUUCCGUUUCGACCGCCACAAAUCUUGCAUUCACAUCUUCAGCAACCAAUCUUUUGCCUACUUCACUCGCUCAUGGUGUCUUUGCACAGCAGCCCCUUGAAGCUUUGGAUGAAAAGCCUCAGAUUUUCAAUCCACAGAUGAUCAUAAACCAAAAUCAAACUAGGUUUACUCAAAACCCCACUAUGUUCUUGCCGCUUUCAUAUAAUGCUCAAUUGCAAGAACAUAAUCUUCUAUCACCACCGCCGCCAAAAAGAUUUAACUCUGGAUCAAGUGGGCUAAACUAUCAGGUCUCUAAGGUUCCGUUUUCGGGUUCAGGGCAGGAGCUUUUUCUAAGGCACCAGCAGCAACAGAUCCAAAUGGUUCAGCAAAGGCCAACCACAAUCGGAAUGGCUGCAACAAUGAAACCGAAAAUUGUUAGCGAUGAACUGGCUAACCAGCAGCUUCAGCAGGCAAUAAUCAACCAACUAAUACAGGCCGCAGAGCUGAUCGAUAGCGGGGAUCCGAUACUCGCGCAAGGGAUAUUGGCGCGGCUCAAUCACCAGCUCUCUCCUGUAGGUAAGCCAUUUAUCAGAGCUGCUUUCUACUUCAAGGAGGCCUUACAGUCACUACUUCCUCUGAAUGCUACCAACUCACCGGCUUUGUCCUCACAUAACAUGAUUUUCAAAAUUGGUGCUUACAAGUCAUUCUCUGAGAUUUCUCCAAUCGUCCAGUUUGCGAAUUUUACUUGCAACCAAGCACUUCUUGAGGCUUUUGAAGGGUGUAGUAGAGUUCACAUAAUUGAUUUCGAUGUUGGGUAUGGUGGACAAUGGGCUUCUUUGAUGCAGGAACUUGUUUUAAGAAAUGGUGUCCCUUACAUGAAACUCACUGCCUUUGCCUCUCCAUCCACCCAUGAUGAGAUAGAGCUUGGUUUCACCCAUGAUAAUCUCAAGCACUUUGCUAGUGAAAUCAACAUGAAUUUCGACAUUGAAAUUAUGAGCCUGGAGUCCUUGAAUUCUGGUUCUUGGCCGUUGCCUCUGCGUUUGGGUGAAAAUGAAGCAAUUGCUGUUAAUCUCCCAAUUGGUUCGUUUUCUAAUUAUCCUUCAAUACUGCCUCUGGUCCUCAGUUUUGUGAAGCAGUUGUCACCCAAAAUUGUAGUCUCUUCAGACAGGGGUUGCGACAGAACCGAUGUCCCAUUUCCUCACCAUAUAAUCCAUGCACUUCAAUCAUAUUCCGGCCUCCUUGAGUCCCUUGAUGCUGUGAACAUGAAUCCCGAUGCCUUGGAAAAGAUUGAACGGUUCUUCCUUCAACCCAGCAUCGAAAAGAUCGUGUUGGGUCGACAUCAUUUCCCGGAAAGAAGACCUCCUUGGAGGAGUCUGUUUAUACAAUCUGGAUUUUCCCCGUUAACAUUCAGUAACUUCACAGAGUCCCAAGCUGAGUGUUUGAUUCAACGAACUCCGAUUAGGGGUUUCCAUGUUGAGAAGAGGCAGUCUUCACUUGCUCUUUUCUGGCAGAGAAGAGAGCUAAUUGCUGCAUCAUGUUGGAGGUGCUGAGCAUAUUGGUGAUUCUAUCAAUUCAACUUUGCAUCAAAGGUGCUUUUAGUUUCUGAUCCUUAUUUUCAUGCCUUAAAGUUUUUGUUCCCUGUGGUUCUCUUAAAGGCUAAUUGUCUAUGUACCACCGUAGGCCUGUUGUUUCCGAUUGAAAACAUUUUAGCAACUGUAUGGCUGUCUACAGCUUACUUCGGAUGUGGGUAUAACUCUUUGUCUUGCUUCUUUAUUCCUUAAGUUGCCCUUUUGUUUGUUGCACACUUAACAACAAAGGCAAAAACAAAUUCUGGGUAAUGAGCAACUUUCAAUCUUUU